CCACCCUUUAUAACUCACAACAAACACCUUCUCUCUUUCUCUCUCUGUCAAUUUAUUUUCAUCAGACAAACCCCUCUUUCUCUCUCUCAUUUUCCCUCUCCAUGCAAGCUUAUUCCGCCAUGGAAACACGAGUGAAGCAAGAAAUGGAAGAAAUCUUCCACAAAACACGAGAAAAGCGCGCGAAGAAUGCACCUCCGCCUUCGCUAGAGGACGUGAUUGAUCUCAGUGACGACGAUGACGACGAAUUCCUCGGGGAUUCCAUCAAUGGCGAUCGUGCGCCUGCGAAGAAACAGAAAAUUAACGAGUAUUCUUCUUCGGUUUCUCUUCCGCCUGGUUUUCUGGAUCCUAUUCCGCCGUUGCCGGAAUCGCCUCUUUUAGUGCCGCCUUUGUCGUCGGCGUCGGUGAGUACUCAGUCGGGGUGUAAGCAGUUUUGGAAGGCUGGUGAUUACGAAGGUGCUCCGUAUGGAAGUUGGGACAACAAUACAGGUGGAAUGGACCAUGUUAGGGUUCACCCCAAGUUUCUGCAUUCUAAUGCCACAAGUCAUAAGUGGGCUCUUGGAGCUUUUGCGGAGCUGUUGGACAACGCAUUGGAUGAGGUCUGCAAUGGAGCUACGUUUGUCAACAUAGAUAUGCUUGUAAACAAGAAAGAUGGGUGUAAAAUGUUGCUGGUAGAAGAUAAUGGCGGUGGGAUGGACCCUGAUAAGGUGCGUCAAUGCAUGUCAUUGGGGUACUCUUUAAAGAGUAAAUUAGCAAAUACAAUCGGGCAAUACGGCAAUGGUUUCAAGACAAGUACUAUGAGGCUUGGAGCUGAUGUUAUUGUCUUCUCACGCAGCUGCGGAAAAGAUGGCAAAAGUUUUACUCAAAGCAUUGGAUUGCUUUCAUACACAUUUUUGCGGAGCACAGGGAAGGAAGACAUUGUAGUUCCAAUUCUUGACUAUGAAAUGAAAGAGAGGGAAUGGCAUAAGAUGAUGCGGUCCUCUGCAGAUGAUUGGAGAAGAAAUGUUGAUACAAUCAUAAAUUGGUCACCAUAUUCAAGUGAAACUGAACUCCUACAGCAGUUUAAUUUGAUGAAAGAUCGUGGUACACGUAUAAUUAUAUACAACCUCUGGGAAGAUGAUCAAGGACUGUUGGAACUUGAUUUCACCUCUGACCGACAUGAUAUUCAAAUUAGAGGUGUCAACAGAGAUGAGAAGAGCAUAGAAAUGGCGAAGGAGUACCCUAACUCUAAACAUUUCCUGACAUACAGGCACUCAUUAAGGAGCUAUGCAUCAAUUCUUUAUCUCAGACUUUCACCUAACUUCCGCAUUAUCCUUCGAGGAAAGGAUGUUGAGCACCACAAUGUAGUAAAUGACAUGAUGAUGAGUGAGGAGGUCACGUACCGACCCCAGCCUGGUGCUGACGGUGUUCCCAGGAAUGCAGAUAUGGUUGCUAUUGUUACUAUUGGAUUUGUGAAAGACGCUACAGCUCAUAUUGAUGUUCAAGGAUUUAAUGUAUAUCACAAGAAUCGUCUUAUCAAGCCUUUCUGGAGGGUCUGGAGUGCUGCUGGAAGUGAUGGCCGAGGUGUCAUAGGUGUGCUAGAAGCAAACUUUGUAGAGCCAGCUCAUGAUAAGCAGGGAUUUGAGCGCACUACAGUUCUUGCCAGACUGGAAAAUAAAUUGGUGCAGAUGCAGAAACAAUAUUGGCGCACCUACUGUCAUAAGAUUGGCUAUGCACCUAGAAUCAACAAGAAACAAGUAGAAUCUUGGGACAGAGAAUCUUCACCUGAUUAUACUCCAUCAUCAUCACGUGCUAAAAGCAAAGGAAAGGCCAUGGAUUAUGAGAAGCUCAGUUCUCGUUCAUCUGAUAAGCAUGGAGGGAAAACAGUAGGUUAUUCUCGUCCACCUGACCAGCCUGGAGCAAAAACGACUUACUCUCGUCCGUCGGACAAACAUGGAGCAAAAACAGUGGGGAGAACUGUCUCAGUGAAUGAGAAUGGCCGUACAUACAAUGCUAGAGGUAGAGAAAGUUCCGAAGAGCCAUCAUCGCCAUCUGUAGAAGAAACUUCUGAUGGUGAUGAGGCUUAUAGGUUGCCUAGGAGGGGAGUGAAUGGAACUAGUCAAUCAGCAUUGAAGACCCCUGGUAAAAACCAGUCGGGGAAAGCUCUUCCUCCUGAAAAAACAAGUGAUGUUACACAACAGGAAAAGAGUCUCAAUGGUGGUAUGGAUCCCCCGUCCUCGUCCCCGUCCAAUCCACAAGUAUUGGAUCGGUUGAGAGAGGAGAAUCGUAUAUUGAAUGAAAGGUUGCAAUUGCUGGAGGAGUUGAAGGAGGAGAAUCGUACAUUGAAAGAGAAAAUGCAAGUUUUGGAUCAGUUGAAAGAGGAGAACCAUAUUCUCAAAGAAAGGUUGAAAGGAGAGAAAGAGGAGAAAUUGCGUGCUUUGGAACACGACUUGCAAGGUGAAAGAGACAAGUGCAAAUCCAUUGAGAUAAAGCUCCAUGACGCUGUUAGUAAACUUAAUGACCUCAACAAGGAGCAGGAGAGUCUAAUUGACAUUUUCUCAGAGGAGAGAGAGAGACGAGAUCGUGAAGAGGAAAAUUUGAGAAAGAAACUAAGGGAUGCUUCCAGCACUAUCGAAGAGUUGCGCAAGAAAGUGAUGAAACUCGACAGUAUGAAUUCUUCUAAUGGCAGGCGAUAGCAUUUAGGCUGCAGUCUCACAAUAGUGUGAAGAAGCUAGCUGUACAUAUUUCUCUCUUGCGGGCUUUAUUUAGCAAUCGCAAAUGUACAUGGUGGUCUGGGAUGUAAAAUAAGAAUAGGAUUAGCGCUAUUCUUUUGUAGAGUUUUCUGCGAACCAAUUUCUGGUUUAGCAGACAAUGGUAGUGGGGAAGGUUGCUUAUGCGUGUAAUAUAGAUUCUAUAAUCAAGCUUUGAGCCCAUAUUAGUGAAGUAGUUUGGUUCACAGUAGUGGGGAAGAUUGCCUAUGGCAUGUAAAAUAAAAUCUGUACACAAGUAUCGAGCUUUAAGCCAAGAUGAGUGAACUAGUACGAUGCUUGUGCCGUUUUAUUUCGGGGGAUUGGAGAGGCAUAUGAAGGAGAUAAUCUUAUUUAAUUA